AUGGCGGACGCCGCGGAGGAGCCGGCGCCCGAGGCGGAGGCGCUGGCGGCGGCGCGGGAGCGGAACCGCCGCUACCUGAGCGGCUUGGAGCUGCUGAAGCAGGGCGCCGAGGCGCGCGUCUUCCGCGGCUGCUUCCUGGGCCGCGCGGCCGUGGUGAAGCACCGCUUCCCCAAGGGCUACCGGCACCCGGCGCUGGAGGCGCGGCUCAGCCGGCGGAGGACGGUGCAGGAGGCGCGCGCGCUGCUCCGCUGCCGCCGCAUAGGGAUAGCUGCCCCAGUUGUCUUUUUUGUGGACUAUGCUUCUAACUGUUUAUAUAUGGAAGAAAUCGAAAACUCAGUGACUGUUCGAGAUUAUAUUCAAUCCACCAUGGAGACUGAAAAGAAUCCCCAAAGCCUCUUAGGUUUAGCCAAGAAAAUUGGGCAGGUUUUGGCCAGGAUGCACGACGAGGACCUCAUCCAUGGGGACCUCACCACCUCCAACAUGCUCCUGAGACCCCCUCUGGAACAGCUGAACAUCGUGCUCAUAGACUUUGGGCUGAGUUUCAUUUCAGGACUGCCGGAAGAUAAAGGAGUAGACCUCUACGUCCUGGAGAAAGCUUUCCUCAGCACCCACCCCAACACCGAGACUGUCUUUGAAGCCUUCCUGAAGAGCUACUCUGCCGCCUCCAAAAAGUCCAGGCCGGUGCUAAAUAAACUAGACGAAGUGCGUCUGAGAGGGCGAAAGAGGUCCAUGGUUGGGUAGAAGAGAGUGAGUGUGCCAUAACCACACCCUGGGAAGCUGUUGUUUUCCAAAGUAAAUGUGGAGAAAUGCUGUGAACAAGGUUGGCCCUCAAUAAAGCCAUCGGGACAUGGUA